AUGAACAUAAGUAGUAUUCAUCGCAGAUAAUAUAAUCAAUAUUAACUAGAAAAAGUAGUUGUGUUGCCAUUAAUCUAAAAAGAGUCUUCAAAGGAGAAUCCGCUUAGAGAUGACGAAGUCUAGAGUUGCGAAGAAAAGAUGAAAUAAACAUUAAAAUUGUUAGAUAAAAAUUUUUAAAGGUUAUCUCUUGACAAUUAAAAGCAAUUAGAAAGACUGUAUCCAUUAACUCCGCUCCAACGUAAACAGAUUAACGAAUAUAAUUUAUUGAACUAACUUCAUUUAAAAGCUAACAAAAAAAAGCCCUAAAUUGUAAAAGUAGAAAAAACUGAGCCAAAUAAAAAAGCUUACUUAAUUCAGGAAUCAAAAUCCCUCAAUAAUAUUAAUUAGAUUGGGUUAAGUAUUUAACAAAAAAAAAUAACCCAAUAACUUAAAAGGCUUGAGAAGUAUACGAGUCAAACGCUUAUUCUUCCCACCCAAAGUACAACCUAAACAGAAUAGGCAACUAAUACUAAUCAAAACUUAAACACGGGCAAUGAAGUUUAGUAAAGCUAUAAUUAAUAUAAUAGCAACAGCGGCAAUAACUAUAACAAUAGUAAUAAUAAUAACAAUAACUAUUACUAAAGCUGCAUAAGUUAAAGCAGUUAAAACUCUCAAAAUUUCGUAAAUAACUAUGAAAAUGUUGGGAUUAAAAAAGAGGUAAAUAGAUCUUAAAACUAAAAUGAAAGCUACAACAAUUUUAUAAACACUUAUAUUUCUUGCUUUAAUGGAAAGAAUUUUACUCAGUUUAUCAAAAAAUAUGACAAAGAUUUGUUAACUGUUUAUGACUGCUUUAUGAAUAUCAACUUUCAAAUACCGUAUCAUAUGACUUCUGAUAAUAAAAGGAGGAUUAGGAAUCUUUUAGAUAGGUAUAAAAACCUCAACAAAAGAGUUAACAAUUCAGCAUUUAGACACGAAAGAAAUGUUUAGUUUAAAUAAAAAUAAUUUAAAAUGUUUGAUCAAUUUCAAAACCUGUCUGACAAAGAUAAAUUUAAUCUUUUAAGAAUGUCUAGUUUUCCUCCAUUAAAGCUUUUCCCAACACUUUCAAUGUUAAAAUACGAAGUAGAUGAUACAGCUAUUUUAUUUGACUCUAAAUUUGAAAGUGGUAAUUUAAGGAGAGUGUAUAAGGUUGCUGAAAACGAGUAUAACUUAAUACUUGAGUUUGACUCUGGAACAGAUCAUUUUACUUAAUGGUACUUUUUUAGAACUUUGAAUAUAAAAAAAAAUACAAAAGUAAAGUUCAAUAUUGUGAAUCUUUACAAAGAAAGGAGCCUUUAUGAAAAGGGUUUAAGGCCUGUUGUAUUUUCUUAAAAAGCAUUUGAGCAAAAGGGAGAGAAGUGGCAUAGAGAUUGUGAAAACAUUCAAUAUGCAAGAAAUGAAUUUAAAAGAAUAAAUUUCAGUAACAUGAUCAGUAAUAAUAACAUAUUUAUUUAUUAAUAGCUAAAUUAAAAUAAUUAGUAAAAUUCAAUAGAUUAAAGUUGUAAUAAUUAAAUCAACUAAAAUACUAAUUAAACUAACAAUAACAACAACAACAAUAAUAAUAAUAACAUAAACACUAAUAGCACUAAUUGCAAUUCAAAUUUAAAUAACAACUCUAAUAACAAUGCUUAAAAUAAAAAAAGAAACUACAGGAAUAGUAUUAAUAUGCCUUCGGUUUAUUAUAGCACUCUCUCAUUUACAUAUACUUAUAAAUAUGACGAUGAUAUAGUAUAUUUUGCUCAUUCAGUGCCUUAUACAUACUCUAAUCUCACUCAUUAUCUAUCAAAGCUCAAUUAACAUCAAUAAUAGAAUAAAUUUUAUAAGGUUGAAUCACUAACAACAACCCUGAUAGGAAACAAAGUAUUUUGUAUCAGCAUUUCUGAUAAAAUCAAUGAACCUUCAACUCAAAAUUAAGACAAAAAAGAAGUGAUAAUUUGCAGCAGAGUUCAUCCUGGUGAAACAAAUGCUUCUUGGAUUAUGAAGGGAAUGCUUGACUUUUUGCUGUCAGAUCAUGAAAUAGCGGUUGAAUUAAGGAAGAAAUAUAUUUUUAGAAUGAUCCCUAUGCUGAAUCCAGAUGGAGUAAGAUAUGGAAAUUACAGAUGUUGCUUGUUUGGAAAUGAUUUAAAUAGAAAAUGGAAAAAGGCUUUAGAUUACAUUCAUGCUCCUAUUCAUUCUGUUAAAAAACUUAUAUAAAAACUACAGGAAACAGAAAAGUAAGAGUCCUGCAAUGAUUUGGCAACUCCUAAACAAGAAAAAGAAACCUUGAAAAGUAAAGGCAAAGUAGAACUACUUUGUGAUAUUCAUGGACAUUCUAAAUCAAUGGGAGCAUUCAUAUAUGGCUGUUAAUAUAGAUAUGAAGAUGAAAAUACAAAUAAACCUAAUUACAAAGAAUUAAACAAUCUAAUUAAAGUAUUUCCUUACUUAUAUUCACAGAGGAAAUAAUAUUUUAGUUUUGAAAAGUGUUGCUUUGCUGUUUAAAGAGAUAAACUUGGUACUGCAAGAGUUGUAGGUUUUUAAGAGCUCCAAAUUCCAAAAUCCUACACUUUAGAAUGCUCCUUUUUAGGUUUUAAAAAUCCAUAAAUAACAACUCAAUAAGAAGAUGGUUAAAGUAACCUUUUAGAAAUGAACGUUGAGCAUUUUGAAGAGGUGGGAAGAGAGUUUUUGAUUACCCUGCAUAUGAAUUAAGACCAAUAAAUCAACUAAUAAAUCACUGAUUUAUUUACUUUUAAAGAUCAGCAAAUUUAAAAUACAUAAAUAUUAAUAGAAGAUUUAUAAAAAAAAAUAAGCUCAGCAAAACCAUUUGAAAUGUAGCAGCCUUAGUUUUUAAAUACAGGAUUUAAUUACAAAGCGAGUGAAAAAAUUAACUAAAAUAAUAAUAAAAAAGAGCAUCAUCUUCAUCAUCAACAUUAGGAUCUUAAACCAAAGAUUUAUGAAGAAAAUGAUACUAAUAAUACUGAUUAUAGCAAUAAAAAUUUUAUUUCAAAUACAAUAAAUUUACCAUAUAUUAUGCCAAUUUAAAAGAAGAAAUCUUUUGAUCAUGCAAAUGAUUUAAAUUCAAAUGAAGAAAAUAUUCUAGAAAACUUAACCAAAAGACUAAAGUAUUAACUGAAAAGUUAAAGAUCACAAGAAUAUAAUUUUUAGAGUAUAAAAUUUUAAGAGCCAGAUCUAAGUUAGCUUUAAUUCAGCAAUAAAAACUAGCAUUUAGAAAGUAGCUCCAACAAUCAGAGUGAGCAUAACAUGUUGAACAAAAAAAUCUUAAAUUAAGAUUUCUAAAAAAACCCAGCUCUUAUCUUUAAUUCAGAAAACAUUAAAAAUAGUAAUUUUUCUCAGCAUUUUGGAAAAUUUUCCAAGUAAAUUUAAAAUAAACCUCAAAGAUUCUAAUUCAAAGAAUAUACUUUAGAAAAAGUAUCGAUGAGUGCUGUUUGA